CAACUCUCUACUGCGGUAACCUGUAACUGAGUGACCAGCGCUUUCUUUCCCCUCGCUCUAUUCUACGUUACUGGCCCCUCUGAAAAUCUUGCCCGCAAACUUCGACGAAUUUACUGCUCAGAUGGAUGGACCACAGGCUCAAGAUUUUGGGCCCUGGUUGAUUCCGUUGCCCAAACGGUGGUGGGAGAGUACAGCGGCCUUUAAAGUCGCUCACUACCAAAACUCAUCUAACUUUAUUAAUAAUUAUAAUUUUAUAGCUAAUUUCGCAUUCCCUAACAGCGACCUACGUACCUUCCCUACAUUAAUUCAAUUGCUUACCGCUACACUUUCGGAUCGAUUGUUUUUUUAGGUUUCUUGACCCACAAUCUACUACGACCGGGAACAAGAUGACCGCCCUCAGCAGUAUUUAACCUUUUAUGAUUAAAACUGAGAUGUAAGGACUAGAAGUCUUUGAUGAUACAAUUAAAUGCGGACUCAUGAGAAACGUUUGGAGC